AUGGAGGCGCCGCGUUCUUCGGUUGCGCGCGACCCCUCUGGCGCGCCGGCUUUGGGCUCCAUGUCUCCGCCUCUCUCGCCUUUGGCAGCCGGCGUUGCUGACGCCUUUAUCGAAAAUUCCUCCUCUUCUUCAUGGCUUGGUGAUUCCUCGUCUUCGUCUUGCGGCCGCGAGGGUUUCUCUGCAUCUGAAGCAGCAGAAGUCUGUCUUCGCGGAUCCACGGAGACCGACUUCAUUACUGCGCGCUGCGCGGAAUCGCUGGAGGCCACGCAUCUGUCAAAGAUUCUUGGCUCUCGCAGACCUGAAGAUGCACUUCACAAGGAAGGAAGCGAAGAGGCAGAGGAAAGACAUGAUGCCGAGGCAGGGGAGCAGCCGAGGGGCGACACGCUCAGCGCAUCCUCCCUACGGAAAAUUGAUUUGGCGACGCGCCUUGCGGAUCUUCGAAAGGCCUUAGAGGGCGAGGCGCUCGACAUGCGCCUCUUUUCGUUUUCCAGCAUCGCUGAGACGCUUCGGGAGCUGGAAAGGGGAAGCGAGAGCGACGAAAACUCAGAAGACUCAGAGGAGGACGCGGGCGAAGACGAAGAGGAAGAAGGGAGUAGAGGACACGAGGGACUAGAGGCCAGAGAGGAGGCAUCAGAGGAGGGCGAGGAGAGCGAAGCCGGGGGAGAACAAAGCGAUUCAGAAGACGAUUCAGCUGCGGCACCGAAAGGGUUGCCUGUCUGCAUGGCGACGGAAGCCCGCGAAGACGCAGGGGCUGCCAGUGCUGCGCGCAAGGAGAGUUCAUUCACUGAUGCGUGCGGGACUCCGUCCUCUUCUUUCUCUUCUUCAUGCGCUUCUGUCUCGAAUUCGCCUUCGCGCCUCCCUCGCCAAAUGCCGGGCUUUCUGCGUCCUCUUGACCUCUCCCAGAAGGCUCUGGCAGGCUCGCUCAGCCGCAUGAGCACGAUGACAGAAGUCCUUCCGGCCUCUGCCGCUCGCAAGGUCUCUGACGCGGAUUCCGGCGUCUCUGGAGCGCAGACAGCUCGUUCAGCCACAGCUGCGCUGGAGUCGCCGCGCGAGUCCGAAGCCGAGUGCUUGUCUUCGCGCCCUGAAGGGCUUUCGCCGCUCGUCUCCUCAGCGUCGCGAUGCGAGGCAGAGUGCGACGAAGGCUGGCUGCCGGCCGCAAGCCACGCUGAUUCGUCUUGUACCUCUCCACCUGACUCGCCUGCUGCUUCAUCUGUGCCUGUACCGUCUCGUGGGCGCGGGCCGCUGCGCGCCUCUCCUGUCUCCUCGGCCUCUGUGUCCACUUCGUCUCCCUCAUCUGCAUCUCCCUGCUGCUCGCCUCUUUCUUCAGCCUUUCCCAUGUCUCCCGCGCGGCUUCCCCGUCCCUCGAGCGGCUCAGAUUCGGCUUCUUCGUCUUCUGCCUCGGCCGCUGCGGUUGGCUCCUUCGCAGAGCCUCUUGCCGCGCCCCCGCGGGCGGCGUUUCCAGCUUCCGCUCGUUUUUCUCCCCUUCGCUCUGUAUCCUCUUCAGGGGAACGCGCUGACGCCGACGGCGGUACGCCGGACAGUGCUAGUCCAGCGACUGAGUCUCUCGUCGAGGCUGCGGACAAACAGCUCCCUCUGGAGGCAGCGUCCUUCGCCGACGAGGACUCGCGAGAGUCUCUCGGAGCCGCGCCAAUGAGAUUCGCACCUCGCAGCGUAUUGGAGGCCGACGAGCCUGCCCCUGCUUGUGGCGAGCGCCGCCUUCCGCCCCCAGAACGCGCGAAAGCCGCCGAUCGGGAAGCAGAACUCUCGAGCGAACAGGAAUCUGACUCGGCAAAUGCACAGGACUCGUCCGUAGGGAGCGAAUCUCCUGAUUGCCAUCGCGAGUGCGCGGAAGUUGCGCCAAGGGAACAAGGUGCAGAUUCUGAAUGCUCGCGGCCGCGUAGAGAAGGCGCAUCGGUAACUCUCCUACCACAAUUUGAGAGGAACUGCAGUCCAGCGGAGAAAACAGAGGAAUCGGGCGCUACAGAGGCAGCGCACGAAGCACUAGCGAAGCCGGGUAGAGGCCGCGCCCUACCGGAGGGGGCAGAGGCAGGCGGAGACCCGCCGGGCGAGCAGCGUGCUGAGGGGGAAGAAGGCAAGGGCGACACUUGGAAUCGAGAGGGAGACGCUCAAACCUCCGGAAGCUUCGCAGAUGUCUGGCAGGAGUGGAUGGUUGCGAGUCGUUUGGUUUUCGGCGCGCGCCGGAUUGCGGUCUACAAGAAGCGCCUGGCUUUUCAAAGUCCUGCACCUUCUCCCUCGCCGUCAUCUCGCAACUCUCCUGCGUCUCACGCUUCAUCGUUGGGGGGACACGGGCAUGCAGACGCUCCCGAGGCGUCCGCACUCGAAGAGUCGCCGGCAGAAGCCGGCGAGGGAGAGAAGAGUCGACGAGUUUCACAAGGUGGAAAGGAUUCUCCGGAAUGCGGGGCGCGUGAAAGGAGCGAAGGCGACGCAGGCGCGACGCAUGAAGCCCCAGAGGAGAAAGUGGAAGGCGAAGACGGCAGAGAGAGUUCAGGCGUCAGGAAGACCGUUAUUUCGUAUCGCAACUUCAAGCGACUCAAGGAGAAAGUCCCGCCUUCUUUCGCCUGGUUUUUUACUCCCGCGACCUACGCACACCUGCUGCGGGACCUCGGCGGCCAUAUCGACUGCCAACUGGUUGUGCGAACUCUUCUCAGCGCAGCAUUUAAUCAGUUCGUGCGGCGGAAGUGCGAUGCCUUUGUGGAGCCCGCGUCUCGAAAACUAACGAGGGAGAGCUUCAAGCGCAUGCUCACGUCGUGGAGCCACGACCCGACGCACAUCGCCCUCGCUGCGCUGAAGCUGCAAGACGAAGAGUCGCAGCCUGGUCUCCUCGAGUUCUUCGUUUCCUAUAUCACCGAGCGCAUGUUUUUCUUCCUCGACGCCGACCGGGCGGGUCGGAUCCGCGUGGCAGACCUCCUGAAUCUUUCCGAGUUUGAAAAGUUCAUGGACAUCGUCUACAGGCCGCUGGGGGCGGAUUUUCCCGAGUGCCCGCAGCAGCUGCAGCCUCAGUUCGCCUUUGACAUUUUCUGUUUUCUGCGCGAGGAGAACGCCAUCCUUUCAGAAGGUGUUCUGGCGUCGCUUUUCGAAGCGCUGCGCGUGCAUAUUUGCCCUCAAACGUAUCAUCUCUCGCCUACCGUACUUCACCGUUUGUUCGCCUCGUCGCGCACGCACCUGCGGUACCAUUCGCUUCCCCCUUCCUCCUCUUGCUCUUCAACGGCUCCAACUUCUUUUCUGAUCGACAGCAAACAGUCGUCCUCCGCCUCGGGCGGCGGCUCGUCUCCCUGCUCGUUGCCGGCCUCAGCGGGCGGCGACCUCGACAAGGCGCUGGAGGACGCCGAGAGCAGGGCGGAGACACCGCCAAUCUCCCGGUCUGUGUCGCCCGCCGAGAAGCUCGAAAAGGAGUCCCUCCCGGCGAUGAAGCGAGAAACGCGAUUCAGGUCGCGGCAGACUCUCGUGCCUGUGCUGGUGAGCUUCGGGGCUUCAAUCGAAGCGCGGAGACGAGCGCAGACGGCGAAGCGCCGCGAACACGGCUCUACAUGUGGAUACAACUCUAAUGAAGAAGAACGAGAAGAGCUCUUCCGCUUCCUCUUCGCGCUGGAAAUCUGCUCGAGUGUCUGGACAGAGGACCCUGCCAACGUUCGCGCCUUGCCGGCUUCGGCGAUCACCGCGGCGCUCUCCUACGUGUGGGACUUGCUAGACCUGGAUGGAGAGGGUCGCGUCGGCGUCGAAGAGAUUCAGGCCCUCUGGAAGGGCGUUUGCCUGGAGCUGCGCACGACGGGUCUCUUCCCGUUCAUCGAUGAGCUCCCGGAGGGCUCUGUGGAGCUGGAGUUGCUCGACCGGGUGCGCCCCGCUGGCAAGGCCUUCGUCACAAAGGAAGAGUUCCUUCAGAGUCACGUAGAGUCUCGGGUCUUCGCCAUGUACCUCCUCUCUCCGACAUUUUUUUCGCUCUUUGAGCAGCGCGAAAGAAUUCCAGGAGCGCCGCUUCUUCCGGGGCGUGUUUUCGCGCCUCUCUAG